AACCACUUGGCCAAGGGGCAGCCUGAAUACACCAGUUGGCUUUGCAGAUCUAAUGUGGGUGCUGUGCAAAGAUCUGGGAAGUUGAGCGGGCCCAAGGAGGCCAGGGACUCAGUCCAGUUCACCAAGGCCCUGGCCAUCACCCUCCACCUGCUCUACCUGCUGGAGAAAGUGGAGUGCAAGCCCAACCAGGAGGACAUGAAGCACCAGAGCUACUGCUUAAGUGUGCCCCUCACAGCAAGAAUGUCUUCACUCCCGCACAUGGCGGUGGACACCGACCAUGAACGUGAUUCACUUCUAAGUGGGCAGAUUCCCUUCUAUCCAGGUGGUCAAGGUUGGGAAGGAAGAGGAAAAGGAGGAGUUCAUCUCGCUGUCUCCGGGGCAGCAGAG